UCCCAACUUACCCUUACCUAGGUACGAGUAACUACUACCUACCUUGUGUUUGAUGUCGCCUCUCGAUUCCUUGCAACUUUAAAAGGCACCGUUACAUCCCAAUUUCCUCCUGUCCUCGAUAUGGGAUGCCUCCUGCUUUUUACUCGCUUUCCUUUCACUCGCCCCCUUCUGCGCGUCUGCGAAACUCCCAGGUGCAAUCAAUCCUAUUAGACGAGAAUCUACCAUACGACGCGUUUGGCGCACCAUACUCCGUACACAGACUCGAGUCACCUCCCGAGAAGCGCCUACUACGUCAUCUUGCCUACCAGACAGGUAUUGGAGAUAGCUGUAUCCUUCCUUCUACUCGACUGCUAUUACAACAUACAUGAACACAAAAUCAUCAUCAACAAUCGCUUUUUGCUCCUGUACACAGUAGUACGCAAGUCGUCAUCUCGGCCCGAAAGCGACUCGCAGUAGAAUACAAUGGCGUCCGAACACUUAGAUGACAAAAAGGUCUCUCCGGCGCAGGAUGUCGACCCCGAAAGGCUGUCAGAGGACAACACCUCGAUUGGCAAGGGCGACAUUCUACAGCAGGAACAUACAGAUCCUGUGUUAAACGCCAAGAUGCAUCUGAUUAACAAUGCAAUUGAUGAGAUUGGAUUCACAGGGUAUCAGGUCAAGCUAUUCAUCCUCAAUGGCUUUGGAUAUGCAGUCGACUCCCUUAUCCUGCUGAUCCAAUCCAUCAUCGCGGGCCAAGCUGGCCUUGAAUUCAAUCCCGGCUAUCCUGCCGGCCUCACGAUCGCAGCCUACGUGGGCAUGCUCGUUGGUGCUCUUUUCUGGGGACUGACAGCCGACGUGAUUGGUCGCAAGUUUGCCUUCAACGUAUCUCUCAUGAUAUGCUCCAUCUUUGCCAUUGUAGCGGGCGCCAGUCCAAAUUGGAUCGUGCUUGGGCUUUUCGUCUGCCUGUCCUCUUUUGGUGCAGGUGGCAAUCUAGUAUUGGACACAGCCGUGUUUCUCGAGUAUCUGCCAGGCAAAGAUCAAUGGCUUCUCACGCUUAUGGCGGCUUGGUGGGGUCUCGGGCAGUUGGUGGCCGGGUUUCUUGCCUGGGGAUUCCUCCCUUCCUACAGUUGCGACGACCCAUCGCUUGUUGAAGGUGCACCACCUUGCACCAAGGAAAACAAUCAAGGUUGGCGAUACGUAUGGUACACGGCCGGCGCUCUUGUCUUCGUGAUGUCUAUUGCUCGUAUCACCGUCAUUCGCUUGAAGGAGACUCCCAAAUUUCUUGUUGGGGAAGGCAGAGAUGCAGAAUGUGUCGAAACCCUCCAGAUGAUUGCCCAGAAGUACAAUCGCACCUGUUCGCUCACCCUCGAACAAAUGCAAGCCUGCGGUACCAUCAAUUCGGAUCGCCGGGGUUCCGCAACACACGCGGUCAAGUCGAAGUGGUCGCUGGGGGAGAUUGGCGUUCAUCUGAAGGGCCUCUAUGCUACGAAGCGCAUCGGAAUCUCCACGACGUUGAUCUGGUUUUCCUGGACCCUUAUCGGCCUUGCGUACCCGCUCUACAAUGUCUUCCUCCCAGCCUACCUAUCGUCGCGCGGCGCAUCGUUCGGCGAAGCUUCGCCAUACAUCACCUGGCGCAAUUACACACUGGUCAAUUUCUCUGGCAUCUGGGGUCCUGUCCUCGCGGGCUAUAUGUGCGCGACUCGGCUUGGACGCAAGUACACCAUGGUCAUUGGCGCUUUGAUCACCAUGGCAUUUUUCUUUGCCUACACGCAGGUUAGGACCAAUGUCCAGAAUAUUGUAUUCACCUGCGUGAUCAAUUUCUGCCUGAACAUCUAUUAUGGGACCUUAUAUGCGUAUACCCCCGAGGUGUUGCCAAGUGCACAUAGAGGCACUGGUAAUGGAAUUGCUAUUGGGUGGAACAGAGUUAUGGGCAUCUUGAGCGCCGUCAUUGCGACGGUGGCUGAUACAUCGACUCCCGUUCCCAUCUACAUUUGUGCAGCACUAUACAUUGUCAUGGCCGGCGUUGCAGCUAUCUUCCCAUUUGAGCCUUAUGGAAAGAGGAGUUCGUAAAACAUGCGACUUCUCUAGCGAGAACAGCGAGGAUCGUGUAGAAGAUGUACACAAGCUCUACUUUGAGCGGGAUUGAAGAUAUAUGGAACAUGACUAAUGUUGAUUUAAGAGAAAGAGGGGGCCAUUGCAACAAGAGCGAGGAGACAUUCCGAUGGUUAAGGAUGGAACGAUUGGUCAUCGUUGACGGCGGUGUUCAUCCCACCGAUAGAAACGGUACGGUAUAGAGGGACCACUCUUUUAGGAGUACAUACAUGCAGUUCCUAAAUAUCUUGGCAUUGUUCCAAAUUUCUAUAACAACAGAAAAGCGUUAAUUAUUGACCGGAACGAUUAUGUA